AUGGCACCCUCAUACCUCAUCACCGCAGCCGGCGGACAUAUCGGAAAGCGUCUCGUACCUUUGCUCCUCUCUCACCCUUCCAACCCCACGCUCGUCCUUCCCACUAGCAACGCCGCACGUCUCACAUCCUCAUUACCAGCCGAUGUCGACAAAUCGAGAGUGCACAUCCUGGAAGGCUCCGUCCAAGACCCCGCCUUCGUCGACGCCGCACUCAAAGACCACAAAGUGACCUCCGUCUUCCUAUGCCUUACCGGAUCCGACGAACUCUUCACGACCUUCAACUUACUCGGCUGUCUUCGGCAAUCCGGCACAGUAAAGCAUCUCGUGUAUCUCUCCGCCAACGGAGACUACAGCAUGGAAGCCCAGCAGAACGGCUUCCUCGAAGAAACGUACUGCGCACAUGUCGCUGUUAAGUUCAUCGUGGAAGCGAAAAUCAAGCAUGGACUGCUACCGCGGGACCAGGAGGGAGGCUUCAGCUGGACGAUCCUCGGACCUUCGCUGUUCUUUGAUAAUGAUCUGAGGAGUCAGCGCCAGAUGCUUCAAGACGGCGUGUACGGUGAACCGCUCGGAAGCAGGGGCGUAAGCCGUGUGUCGGAAGACGACAUCGCGCUUGCAGUUGUUAAAGCUUUUGAAGACGAUGGGAAGCAGUGGGGUGGGAAGAAGAUCAUGGUUGGCAGCUUGAAGACGUAUACGAACGAGGAAGUUGCAAGGCUGUGGUCGCAGGCACUGGGCAAGGAAAUCAAGCCUACUUAUAGUGACAAGGCUUCGUUGGAUGCAUACGAGCAGCGCUUCACGAAGGAGGCAGGGCCGGCGUGGGGAAGAGAUAUAAGGCUAAUGUACGAAAUAUUUGAGGCGGUGCCAUUUGGAAUGACGGAGGAUCAGUAUAGGGACCAGGUCGCGUUGUUGGGGAAAGAAGCUGAGAGCUACGAGAAGUUUGUCGAGACUACGGCGAAGCAGUGGAAGGAGCAGCAAUAG